AUGGCUGAGCAAGAAGGAGAAGAAUACAAGGUGCUCAUCGAUCAGACCAGCAAAGACGCCGGUGAACCGCACCAAGACGCCGACGAUGACGACGCUGACGACACCUCGAGCUUCAUCCUGGUCAUGAACCUCGUCCUGAGCGGCACGGCCCGGCUCAACGUGCUCCUCCCGACGGCCACCAUCCUGACCUUCGCCAUCUUCGCGCCGCUGGUCACCGACGACGGCAAGUGCGCGCGCGUCAACCGCGUGCUCACCGGCGCGUUCGUGCUGCUCUGCGCCGCCUCCUGCGUCUUCUUCACGCUCACCGACAGCUUCCGCUCCGCCACGGGCCGGCUCCGCUACGGCGUGGCCACCCCGACGGGUAUCGCGACGUUCUGCGCCGGCGGGGGGAGCCGGAGGAAGGCGCCGAGGGAGCCGGAGAGGUACAGGCUGCGGUGGUCGGACCUGUUCCACACCGCGCUCUCCCUGGUGGCCUUCGUGACCUUCGCCGCCUCCCACCACGACAUCGUCCGGUGCUACUACCCCGGCGCGCCCAGGAAGGUGGUGAACACCGUGCCCCUCGUCGUCGGCUUCGUCGUCAGCCUCCUGUUCGUCAUGUUCCCUUCCAAGAGGAGGGGGAUCGGCUACCCCUUCCUGCUCAGGACCGACCUCGUGUACCUGCGUCGCUGA